AUGGGGAGAGGGGAGAAGGGGAGGGAAUUCCACGGAGGGACCCGUUGGGUAUCCCGCGUCCCCAGUUUAACCUCCUCGGCUCCUCCUCACUUUGAUGUUUAUUUUUGUUUUUUUCUUGUCUCUCGGUUUUUUUCGGUGGAGACGAGGUCAACAGAAGACAAGCUCAGGGCGAGUCUGGAAUUUUCGAGAAGAAGGACGAAUUUUCACACUAGUAGUCAUAUUAUCUCCGUAGAAAGGUCCAAGAGAAAUCUUCUCGAGUGGCCGUUACCAGCGAACACGGACAGCAUGAUUCAGCAGAUCUCGACGAUCAGGUCAGCGAGUCAAACGUGCACAUCCGCAUCUCCAGAACUGCGGGUUGAGCUUAUAUGCGUUUAG